AUGGCACCAGCGAAGGAGAAGCGGAAGAGGAAGAGCACAGGCCGCGUGAAGAAUGACCCGGCCGCCGUCAAGGUUAGCGAUAAAAAUGCUGUUCGUAAAGGUCACGUAGUCUGCAUCACCUGCGUGCCAUCAGCGCUGUGCGCCAGUGAGCGCACAGUACGAGACUUUUUUGCCGAGUACGGAAUGCUGUUAUCUGUUACGAUCCACCACAAUUUCUUGGAUAUGGAACCCGAUGGAUUCAUGUACUUGGAAUACGCUGAGAAAGAGGAAGCGGAAGCUGCAGUCGCCGCAGUCAAGGAAAGAAGCAUUACGGGGAUGAAAGCGGCGUUGGCGCUGCCUCGAGGAGAACCAAACUUUCAAGUAGACGAAGGUAUGAAGGACAUUUUGUUGGGUAGACUGGAGGUCAAUCGGUUCUCGCAGAGCCAACAGGAACAAGCCAUGGACGAGGACGAUCUCAUUCUACAGAGUCUGUCGCAACAUUCGUUUACCACCUCCCAACCGAAGAGGAAGAAGAAGCGUCAGAAAAGCUCGGACGUCGCCACGACUUCGGACAAACCCAAGAAGACAAAAAAGAAGCCGAGAUUCAGUAAAGUGGCAUUACCCACCGAAUAA